CGCAAAAUAAUCUGUUAGUGCGUUUAUUAUAUUAAAUAAUACAAGGGUACAAUGAAAGGAAAGAUAUUUUUCCUAGCUGCCCUUGCUUUAGUCCAGGGUAGACCACCGGAAAACGAAAAUGAAACUCCUCUCCGCGAUGAUGAUUGUCCAGAAGACCAUCAACAUUUCUUGCUGCCUCACGAAGAUAAUUGCACGAGAUUCUACUACUGCGAAUACGGAUUAAAAUAUCCCACGCCGAGGGAAUGCGCUCCCGGCACUCAUUUCUCUUUUGAACUCCAGAUUUGUGAUUUGCCCGAAAAUGCUGGUUGUAUAAAUGAAGGAAAUCAAGGAAACAAUGGUGAAGGUGACGAAGAAAUUGGUAACGAUGUUGUAGUUGACGGAGAAUACAAUGGUAAAGAAAAUAUAAGCAUUUAUAAAGAAGAUGGAAUAUCAAAUAUUCAAAAUAGAGGUGGAAUAGUUGAAGAUAAAACUGGAUUAGAACAAAGUGGCAAAAUGUCCUUGCUACCGAAUGGUUGUCCUUCCUAUCAUGUACACUAUCUCCUUCCUCAUGAGAGUGAUUGCACCAAGUUUUAUUACUGUGUUUAUGGUGAAAAAGUUUUGAGGCAAUGUGCUUUAGGAUUACAUUUUAAUCCUUCCACACAGAAUUGCGAUUGGCCCGAAGAUGCUGAAUGCACUCUAACUGGAGGAGUAAGUGGAGAAGGUAAUUACAGUAAAAACAAAAACGUCAACGACAAAAUUGGAAUCCGUAGUGAUGAGACAACCUGGCUAGAAAAUGGUUGCCCAGCCAGUAUCCACAUUCACCAUCUUCUUCCUCAUGAGAACGAUUGCACGAAGUUCUAUUACUGUGUACUAGGGGAAAAGGUUAUGAGAGAAUGUGCUCCAGGAACACAUUUUAACCCUACUAUACAGGUCUGUGAUUGGCCUAAAAAUGCCGGGUGUAAAUCAAAUGGUGGAAAUAGUGGCAAUGGAGGUAGUGGAGGAGAGAAUGGUGGCACUGGUGGGGAUAAUGGUGGGGGAGAAACAAACUGGUUACCAAAUGGUUGUCCCGCUAACAUUCAUAUUCAUCACCUACUUCCACACGAGAGUGAUUGUACUAAGUUUUAUCACUGUGUACAUGGGAAAAAGGUUAUGAGAGAUUGCGCACCAGGGACACAUUUUAAUCCUACUUUGCAGGUUUGUGAUUGGCCUCGAAAUGCUGGAUGUAUUUCAAAUGGAGGAAAUGGUGGAAAUGGUGACAAUGGAGGUAAUGAGGGUGGGAAUGGUGGCUCCGAAGGCAGUAAUGGUGGAAGUAACGGGGGAGAAAACGGCGGAUCAGGGGGCGGUAGUAGUGGGGGAGAGACAACAUGGCUACCGAACGGAUGCCCUGCCAAUAUUCAUAUCCACCACCUUCUUCCUCACGAAAGUGAUUGUACAAAGUUCUACUACUGUGUUCGUGGUGAAAAAGUUAUGAGAGAAUGCGCUCCAGGAACUCAUUUCAAUCCAUUCUUGCAGGUGUGCGAUUGGCCUCAAAAUGCUGGUUGUACUGUUAAUGGCGGAAAUGAUGGAUCAGGGAGUGGUAAUGAUGGAAGUAACGGAGGAGAAAACGGUGGAUCAGGGGGUGACAACAGCGGUGGAAGUAAUGGAGGAGAAAAUGGUGGAUCAGGGGGUGGCGAUGGUGGAGGUGGCAUUACCUGGCUACCGAAUGGUUGUCCGAACAUUCAUAUUCACCACCUUCUUCCUCACGAGAAUGAUUGCACAAAGUUCUAUUAUUGUGUUUAUGGUCAAAAGGUUAUGAGGGAAUGUGCUCCUGGCACCCAUUUUAAUCCUUCCUUGCAGGUAUGCGAUUGGCCUAAAAAUGCUGGAUGCAGUUCAAAUGGUGGAAAUGGUGGUAGUGGAGGCGAUGGUGGAGAGAAUGGUGGCUCUGGAGGUGGUAACGGAGGGGAAAAUGGAGGAACAGGGGGUGAUAAUGGAGGUAGUAAUGGAGGAGAAAAUGGGGGAGGUAGUAAUGACGGGGGAACAAACUGGCUACCGAACGGAUGCCCUUCAAAUAUUCAUAUCCACCACCUUCUUCCUCACGAAAGUGAUUGUACAAAGUUCUAUUACUGUGUACGCGGAGAAAAAGUCGUGAGGGAAUGCCCUACAGGAACACAUUUCAACCCUACCGUGCAGGUCUGUGAUUGGCCUCAAAAUGCUGGAUGUACUACAAACGGCGGAUCAGACGGUGGUAAUAAUGGUGGCGAUAACGGCGGAUCAGACGGUGGUAAUAAUGGUGGCGAUAACGGCGGAUCAGACGGUGGUAAUAAUGGUGGCGAUAACGGCGGAUCAGACGGUGGUAAUAAUGGUGGCGAUAACGGAGGAACAACAUGGUUACCAAAUGGUUGCCCUGCUGAUAUUCACAUACAUCACCUUCUGCCUCACGAAAGCGAUUGCACUAAGUUCUAUCACUGUGUACACGGCAACAAAGUUGUAAGGGACUGCGCCCCGGGCACACAUUUCAACCCCAUCCUACAGGUAUGUGAUUGGCCGGAUAAAGCUGGUUGCGCUAAAAAUGGAGAAGAUGAUAAACCUAAGCCAAAUCCGAAUGGCAACAAAUGUGAAAGCGGUUGUAAUGUUCUUCCAUGGGCUCAUGAUACUGAAUGCUCUAAGUUUUGGGUCUGCGACGGUACUAAGCCUGUUUUAGGAACUUGCUCCGAAGGGCUCCAUUUUAACCCUCAAACUUAUACAUGUGAUUUUGUCUGCAACGUAUCUUGUGUCAGGAAGAAUAUAUUGUCCUCAGUUCAGCCAGACGGUCUUAAAAUAUUCCUUCCAUGGAAUAAGGUCGAUCCUGAUUUGAUUAAACGGAUCUGGGAUUGUAUCUACAAAAGAUUGGUGCGCCGACCUUACGUAAAUGGAAAACUCAUUUUCCUGGCUGCCCUGGCGUUAGUGCAGAGCAGACCACCAGGAGGAGAAUGGUACGAUGGGGAUGAGAGAUCUGCCGUUGUCUCAGACGAUUGCCCUGACGCGGAACAGCAUUUCCUUCUACCCCACGAAUACGACUGUACAAAAUUCUACUACUGCGAAUACGGUGUGAAAUGGACAACACCAAGAAAUUGCGCGCCAGGCACGCAUUUCUCUUUUGAGCAACAGGUUUGCAUUCAUCCCAUAUUGGCAAAUUGCACACUACCCGGAAGUCCUGCCACUGGUGCUGAUACUACUGCCACAGUACCUAUAACGACAACAACUACAACAACACCGGCGCCAACAACUACUUCAACCACAACGACCACAACUACGGCGCCAACGACGACUACUACAACGCUAGCGCCAACAACUACUACUACAACGGCAGCGCCAACAACAACUACGAGUACGACAACAACAACGACACCAGCACCUACUACGACUACAACUACCGAAGCUCCAACCACAACAACAACAACGCCAGCUUCAACAACUACAACAACGACGCAGGCGCCAACUACAACUACAACGACGCCAGCUCCAACAACUACAACAACGACGCAGGCACCAACAACAACAACGACGACCCUAGCUCCAACGACAACUACAACAACUACCGAAGCUCCAACCACAACAACAACAACACCAGCUUCAACAACUACAACAACGACGCAGGCACCAACUACAACUACAACGACGCCAGCUCCAACAACUACAACAACGACGCAGGCACCAACAACAACAACGACGACCCUAGCUCCAACGACAACUACAACAACUACCCAAGCACCAACUACAACUACGACAACGCCAGCUCCAACAACUACUACAACGACGCAGGCACCAACCACAACAACGACGACUCUAGCUCCAACAACUACAACUACAACCCUAGCAUCAACGACGUCAACAACGCCAGCAACUCCGGAUUUAUUAGAUAACGGAUGUCCAGCUGAUUUUCAUAUUCACAAAUUGUUGCCGCAUGAGACGGAGUGCAACAAAUUUUACUACUGCGUGCACGGACAGAAGGUACAGAGAAGAUGCGCUGCUGGCACCUACUUCAGUUUUAAAGAACAAGUUUGUGUUUUCCCUUGGGAUUCCGAGUGCGUCAAUAACGGUGGUGGAGGCGGUGGCGGAGGUGGAGGCGGAGGCGGAGGAGGUGGCGGUGGCGGAGGCGGAGGUGGUGGUGGAGGAGGUGCCACUCUGCCAAACGGUUGUCCGGCUGAUUUCGACAUUCAUCAACUUCUUCCUCAUGAGAAUAAUUGUAGCAAGUUCUACUAUUGCGUUUAUGGAGAGAAAGAAGAAAGGGAAUGUCCCCCUGAUACACAUUUUAACCCUGUACUACAGGUAUGUGACUGGGAGGAGGACGCUGGCUGCAUUCCAGGAGGAGGUGAAGGCGGAGGUGGAGGAAACUUGUUACCAAACGGCUGCCCCGCCGACUUCGAUAUCCAUCAACUGUUACCUCAUUAUGAUUGCAGUAAAUUUUACUACUGCGUACACGGAGAGAAAGUAGAGAGAAAUUGUGCUCCAGGAACACAUUUUAAUCCCGUUGCCCAGGUGUGUGACUGGCCCCAUGCAGCGGGUUGUGUUGGCAACGGAGGAGGCGGAGGAGGUGGAGGUGGCGGAGGAGGGGAUGGAGGCGGAGGAAACGGAGAUGGUGGAGGCAGUGGAGAUGGCGGAGGUAGUGGAGAUGGCGGCGGCGGUGGAGAUGGAGGAGGUGGCUGGGGAGCCGGCGGAGGAGGAGGUGGUGGCUCUCCUAACCCAUAUCCAAUCGUAAAUAAGUGUGAAACUGGUUGCAAUAUUCUGCCGUGGUCCCACGAGACUGAUUGUGACAAGUUCUGGAUAUGCGACGGCACUAAAGCUAUCUUAGGAGUUUGCUCCGAAGGUCUCCAGUUUAACCCACAAAGAUACACGUGCGACUCAAGCCGCAAUGUGUCUUGUGUCGGACGCGGCAUACAGUCAACAAACGACGCCGAUAGCAUUAAAAUACUCCAGCCUUUCAUUUUAAAAGCUAAGUCUAGUGUUUAAAAAAUACCCUUUCUAGCCGCCAGCUUGUUAGUGUUUAAGAAUAUAAUUGUUAUAUACCUAUGAAUAAAAAAAUAAUAUGCAAUUAAUAUAUUUCUUUCGACGACGAUAGUCGUUGGUGUAUAUGUACAGUAUUAGAUAAGUAGUAGUUUGUAUUUUAUUGUAAAUAUAAUAAAUUCUACCUCGAUUUUUUUUU